AUGUUAACAAAUAAUACAACACUUACCACCCUCUAUCUUAUGCGUAAUCAAAUUGGUGAUCAUGGAGCAGAAUGUCUUGCUGAUGCUUUGAAAAUCAAUUCGACACUCACUACUCUUGAUCUUUUUUGGAGUGACAUUGGAUCUCUUGGAGCACAACAACUUGCCGCUGCUUUAGAAAAGAACUCAACACUCUUGACACUGGACCUCGGAUAUAGUAGAAUUGAGCCUAUCGGAAUACAACAUCUCGGUGCUAUGUUAAAAAAGAACAAAACACUCACUAAUCUGAAUCUUGAAUGCAACAAAAUAGAAGAUAAUGAAGCCAAAUAUCUGGCUGCUAGUUUAAUAGAAAACUCGACACUCAUUUCACUUAAUCUUGGUUAUAAUCAAAUUGGAGAUGUUGGAGCAGAACAUCUCGCUAAUAUGUUAACGAAAAAUAAAACACUUACUGCACUUCAUCUUGGAAGACAAAUUGGAGAUGUUGGUGCUCAACACCUUGCUGUUGCCUUAAGAAAUAACUCUAGACUGACCACACUCAUUGUUGAAAGUAAUACAUUUGGAAUAAUUGGAACACAAGAUCUUGUCGAUGCCUUAAGACAUAACUCAACACUUGAAGAACUGUACAUGUUCUAUCGAAAUGAAAAUCUUCGAGAUUCAACUAUUCAAAAACAAAUGAUAGCACAAGAUCAUAGAAUCAAAUGA